AUGCGCAUUGAUUAUGCGAUCGGCGCCCUUGCGAUCGCCGUGACUCGCGUGCAGGCCUUGGCACCGCGCACCCAGAUUGGUGAUUCGUACGACUUCGUUAUCGUUGGCGGUGGCCAAGCUGGCCUCGUACUGGGAUGUCGGCUGUCUGAAAUCGCGAACUCUACCGUCCUGGUCCUCGAGGCAGGCAUCAAUGGAGACGAGUACCGAGAGCGCAUAGACACUCCCGCCUACUCCUACUACGAGUCCCUGUGGACGACGCCAAUGAAUUGGGCUUACUACACCGUUCCUCAGCCCAAUGCAGACAGUCGGGAGAUAGAAUGGCCCCGGGGAAAGGGCCUUGGAGGCAGUUCCGCUAUCAAUGGAUUGUACCUUACUCGUCCCGGUCAGGAUGAGGUCAAUGCUUGGAAAGACCUUCUUGGAGAUAUGGAUGGCGCUGAGAAUUGGUCGUGGGAUUCGUUCUAUGCUGCGAUGAAGAAGAGCGAGACGUUUGACGCCCCCUCUGACGCCAUUGCCGCCGAGGCGAAUAUCACAUACGAUGUUUCCACCCAUGGCACCCAGGGUCCAAUCCACGCAUCGUACCCCGGCUACACAUUCCCGCAAGUGGGUGAAUGGAUGAUGUCGUUGGAAAACAUGGGCAUUGCCAAUUCUUCGGAGAUGUAUGGCGGUCAAAACUACGGUGCCGAGAUCUCAACCUCCACCAUCAACCCUGCCAACUGGACGCGCUCCUACAGUCGGUCGGGAUACCUCGAUCCACUCCCAGACAACGGCAAUUACGACGUUUUGCCCAAUGCCUAUGUUACGCGUAUCCUCUUCAAUGACACUUCCCCUUCCGACAACCUGACCGCAAGCGCUGUCGAGUAUACACUUGAUGGUGGCAAGACCAAUCUGACCGUUCAGGUCAAUAAAGAGGUAAUCCUAGCUUCGGGCACUAUAGGAAGCCCCGCUGUGCUGCUCUACAGCGGUGUUGGUCCGAAGGACGUUCUUUCAGAUGCCGGAGUCGAGCUUGUGUCUGAACUUCCCGGUGUUGGUCAGCAUCUUCAAGAUCAUUUCAGUGCUACCCUCAAGUUCAAUACUAGUGCUGUAACUUCGGGUGCGAUAUUUUACGACAAUCUCUCUAUGAAGAACAAUACUUUGUAUCUCUCAUAUAUCGACUCAGCCGUUGCCUAUGUGAAUGCGACAACUUUGUACAGCAGUAAUCUGGAAUCGCUGCAGAAGAAUGUCUCGUCCCUGGUUGAUAAAUUUGUCCCGAACACAACAUAUGACGCCGGUGUCAUCGCUGGAUACAAGGCGAUUUACAAUACGACGGUAAACACAAUUCUUAACAGUUCUGUUGGCCAGAUCGAGCUCCUCUUCAUGAAUAGCGAUGCGAACGGCGACAUUGGAAUUACUGCUGCUCUCCAGCAUCCUUUUAGCCAGGGCCGCAUCUACAUCAAUUCUUCGAAUCCAUUGGACUAUCCUGUCAUCGACCCAAACUAUCUGGCCAACCCAACCGACUAUGAGAUACUACGCGAUGGUCUCAAACUUGCCCGCAAGCUAGGUGAAACAGCACCACUGUGUAAUACCCUAACGGCCGAGAUAUCCCCAGGCUCAAAAGUCCAGACCGAUGAUGAAUGGCUCGACUGGCUGCGCGGGGCGGCGGGUACAGAGUUCCAUCCAUCGUCUUCCUGCGCAAUGCUUCCUCGUGAGUUGGGUGGUGUGGUUGACGCCAACCUUCGCGUCUAUGGCCUUGCCAACGUCCGUGUCGCAGAUGCCAGCGUCGUCCCCAUCGCCUUGUCAACGCAUCUAAUGUCCUCAACAUACGGUGUGGCCGAGCAAGCCAGCAACAUCAUCCGCGCAUUUUACGAUCCUAACACGACCACAACAGUCACGUCUGCCAGCUCCACCGCAACCAGCAGUAGUAGUAGCAGCAGCGCAGCCAGCUCAGAAGAAACCGCUCCUUCCAUCAGCUCUCAAAUCGUUAAGAGUUCUGGUAUUCGGAGCUUUUGUGCAUUGGAAUUGCCUGUGUGGAUUUCACUCGGAACCGUCGGUAUCGCCGUUGUUGUCUUCGACGCGUUGUUCCUGAAUUUCCGAGCAUAUUAA